AUGACCACCGGUACUUCAACCGUAAUUUCAUCCUCGGCAGAGGAGGCUACCCUCUCUCCCUUGGAGUGCUUGCGGAAAAGGAGUGCGGCGCGAGCUCUGGCUGAUUUCCAAGACACUCUAGUCGAUUGCGUCAAGCUCGCUUUGGAGGAGAGUUGUCCCUUCGAGAAUUUUAAGGAGGAUCUUGACUACAUCGUGUUCUUCCUAAUCAAGAGGCUUGGCCACACUGCGGCGAAGCCCUACUUUCAGCGUAUGGAGGAAGUGGAGGAAGCUGUUCAACAGCUGCUUGCCCUUCGUGCGAAGAGUUCCUCACUUGUUGAUCUUGCCUCCAACGAAGCCAAGGCUGAGGAUGAACGAGUGGCCCUCGAGCAACAGAAGGCCGAUAACCAUGUUUCUCGCUUGUCUUCGGAGGUAGAGAAUCUGAAGCAAGUUAUAGCUAAAGCGCAGGCCUCAUUGGCCAUCCAAGAGAAGGCUCAUGAACAGGCAGUCAAGGAAUUGGAGGACAUUGGAUCGCGUCGGCAGUUGGCGGCUGAUUCCAUUGAGGAAAAGGAUCGAGCCCUCAGGGAGAUCAAAGAGACCGUCCAAGACUUAGUCUCACGUACUGAGGAAGAUCUUCGCCGAGAGAUCCUGAGGAAGCUAGAGCUUCGUCAUGCUGGGGAGAUUCGUGAGGCGGAACUAAUGGCUCCGAAUGUGAAAAAGGUUACCUCGAAGAAAAGGAAGGAGACGUCUUCUUCAAGUGCUGCUGAGGCUGUUGCCGCCGAAGACCAAGAAGAGACGCCGACUGCCGAAGAGCAGGCGACCGAACCCAUUCUGAUUUCCGACGACGAGUCUGAGGGUGCGGCGACUUCCUCCGAAUCGAAGCCCGCUCCGACACCUGAUGCCGAACCCUGCCUCGAGAUGCCACCCAUCACGGCGCUCGCUCCGGGUCAAGAGCCUAUUUCUUCCGAUUCCUCGUCUCUACAGGCCCGCCUUGAAGAGUUCGAGAAUGCGGUGAAGCAAGUGAUUUCCCUCGUCAGUCUUGGCAUGGGCAGUUUUGACGGCUUUAGGCAAUCUCUCCUGGACCGCGUGGUCAACCUUCGACGAUCGGGCGAAAAUUGGAUUGCCAAGCGUUGCAUGCAGAAGCUCCGUCUUUUGGAGUCACGCAUGAUGAGGCUAGAGACGUUGUUACGAGAAGGCCCGGAAGUUGAUAUGGAAUCUUUCCUGGUUCGUGUCAGGCGUCGAGAGGCCUGGGAUCAGGAAGUUCGCUCUAAGGAAUCUUUCCUGGUUCGUGUCAGGCGUCGAGAGGCCUGGGAUCAGGAAGUUCGCUCUAAGGAAAUAGCAUAUCUGGAGACUAACCUCGCCUCCUGGGUGGGUCAACAACACUUACUGGGAGAAAGGAUAGGUGACGCUACUUCCACUGUAGCCCGUCUGAAGACCGAGUUAGGAGAGGCGGAGUCGUCUCUGAGGAAGCUUCAAUCCGAGAGGGCAAAGGUCGACAAGGUCGUUGAAGAGAAAACUCGGAACCUUUUCACGCUACGCGAGGAGGAUACUGUCACUAGGUCAAGCUUCGAGGGCCGAGUGCGACAAGAGGCUGAGGACAAGGCCAGGGAGGACCACGCAGGAAAGAUAGCCGCGGCCAAGGUAGAUCUUGCUUCCUUUAGUCUGUUGGAUUAG